AUGAAGUUGUUGAGGCGGACAUCGCUGCUUGGCAGUGACGGCUCGAGAGAUGUGCACCUGCUGCGAGGAACCGCCGAGGUGGUCCUUGUCGAGGGCCGCAACCUCGCCAUCCGUGACAGCUGCGGCACCAGCGAUCCUUACGUGAUAUUGCGCCUGGGCGACAAGAAGUACUCGUCCACUAUCAAGUACAAGACGCUCAACCCGGUGUGGAAGGAGAAGUUCACUUUCCAGAUCCACGCCGACGAGGCUCUGCACUGCGAUGUGUGGGACAAGGACAAGUUCCUGCGCGACGACCCGCUGGGCAACGUCGUCCUCCACCUUGGGAGUAACCUCGCCCGCACCUUCGUGCUGUUCACAGUUGUGGACGUGUGGGUUCCCCUGGAGAAUGUGGAGUGCGGUGAGCUCCACUUCCAAAUCCUCUAUCGCACCUUUGCGGACGAUCUCCAGAAGAGCUUCCAGGCCAUCGAGAUGCUGCCCCUUCAAAUCGCGAGCCUGGUCGCGACACCGAUCAUGUGGACCGAAGCAGGGAAGUGCAAGCAGGCGCUGGCCGACCACCUGGCUUCGCUGGUGAACAAUGAAGAGUGGGCCGACGUGGAGUUCGUCCUGGACGCUGAUGGCGACAAGCGAAUUUUUGGGCACAGUGCGAUCCUUGCGUCGCGCUGCCCCGUAUUCCAAUCGUCACUGCCCAAGUCCGCCGCACGCAAGAGGUCCGCCAGCCGGCGGGCCAGCAGCGCCGACGUACAGCUAUCGGGCGAGUUCGGCUUCUCCCGCAACGCCUCGCCCAAGCUCGAAACUAUAACUGGAAUGUCAAGCAGCCGACUGAAGGAGAAGAGGCGGGCGAGGGUGCUGAUCAAGGAGCACAAGGCCGACGUGUUCCUGGCGAUGCUCCACUUCCUCUACACGGGCGCCGUGCCGAGCGUGCCUUGCUUCGGCUACACGCUGCGCAAGCAGGAGGAAAAGCCCGAACAGGGCGCGGCCAAGGCAGAGGAGCCGCCCAAGCCGCCCGUCAGGUGGACCUGGUUUGCGGAUCCGGACUGGGCCGACUUCGAGCCGGAGGUUAACGACGAGCUCGAGAAGGCCUACCAGCAAGCGGUGACGGCCAACGACGGCAAUUCGAUCCGGGUGCGAGUCGACAGUGAGCGGUUCGUGGAGGUGCGGGUUGGGUCCUCGCUCUACCAGAAGCGGUACGACGACGAAUCGCGGCAAAGGAGCGUCAAGCGAGAAGAUCCCUCUGUUGGAUCCUCUGAGCAAUCCUCCUCGUCGUCUUCUUCAACACCUACCGACCGGCUAUCGCAAUUCAACGCCCAGCAGCUCAUGGCCAAGCAGGAUCUCGACGUCCGACUCGCCAAGAUUGCAAUCGAGUACUCCCUGUCCGACGCCUUUGUGCUCCAGUGCGAGAACGCGAUCCGUUUUGGAGAGUACAGCCUCACCGAGCUUCCCGUGAAUUUGGUGGACGACCUGAAGAAGGCCAUCGAAACCACCGACUACGCGCAGGUUACGGUGGUGGUAGCAGAUGACGCGGACGAGUCGGUGCAUCACGAGGUGUUGGCCCACCCGUGCUUCCUGGCCUUGUCGCCCUUCUUCCGGGCCAUCCUCCAGAGCGGAAUGAAAGAGGCCCAGGAGAAGCGCAUCGAACUCACCGAGGUCACCCGCGAUUGCUUCCUGCUCGUCCUCGAAUUCCUCCACACCGGCCUAUUCGCGAAGUUCCCAACGGAGUAUGCGCUGGAGAUGCUGCGCAUCAGCGACCAGUACGAUAUUUCGCCGCACCUGCGCCAGAUGAUCGAGCAGUUCAUCGCCACCCACCUGCUGGAGUCCCACAAUGCCAUCGCCAUCUACCACUACGCCGUGCUCAACAACGCCGCCAACCUCGAGGCCACCGCCCUCGCCGCCAUCAAGCGGAACGCGGCGUACCCUGCGUGGACGAAGAGGAACCGCGAGGCCCUGGCCACGCUCAACCCGACCGCGCACCAGACAGUGUUUGGCAGCUGA